AUUCACGUUUAUUUUGUAUAACCUGUCAAUUUUCUUUUUAGGUUACCUCUAAUAACGUAAUAAAAAUAAAUAAUAAGAAUAUUAAAAAAAUCAUUUAAAACGAAACUAAAAUGGCAAAAAAUCAUCUUAAAAUACUUUUAAGACCCUCAAAUGUGAUUUUAAUACACUCAUUAAGAUUAUUGUCGAACACACAUAACCUCAAAACGGAAAAAAACACGACUCAUUUUGGGUUUCAAACGGUUAAAGAAAACGAAAAAGUCCAUAAAGUACAUAAGGUUUUUGAAGAUGUUGCUGAUAAUUAUGAUAUAAUGAACGAUGUAAUGUCCAUUGGCAUUCACCGUAUUUGGAAAGACAUUUUUAUGAAAAAAUUGAACCCAACGAAGAAUACAAAGCUAUUAGAUGUAGCUGGUGGCACAGGUGAUAUUGCAUUUCGGUUUUUGGAUUACGUAAAAUCGACCGAAAACGCGAAAGGAUGUCAUGUUAAAGUUUGCGAUAUUAAUUCGCACAUGCUCGAUGUAGGAAAAAUUCGUUCGAAGCGACUUAAUCAUGAUUCAUCGUUAAUUACUUGGCAAAAAGGCGAUGCGGAAAACCUACCAUUUGAAAACGACAGUUUUAACGCGUACACCAUAGCUUUUGGAAUACGAAAUGUGACGCAUAUCGAUAAAGUUUUGAAGGAAGCGUAUCGGGUUUUACAACCGGGAGGAAGAUUUUUGUGUCUCGAAUUUACGCAAUUAGAGUAUCCUUUAGCACAAUGGUUUUACGAUUUAUAUAGUUUUCAAGUUAUCCCGGUUAUGGGGCAUUUAAUCGCAGGUCAAUGGCAACCUUAUCAGUAUUUAGUUGAGAGUAUAAGAAAAUUUCCUAAUCAAGAAAAUUUUAAAAAUUUGAUUGAGAAGGCUGGUUUCAGAGAAGUUUCUUAUGAAAAUCUUACGAUGGGGAUUGUUGCUAUCCAUUCAGGAUUUAAAUUAUAAUAAAUUGUUGAUUUAUUGUUAGUAGUUUGUUCAAAACUUUGUUAAAAUAUAUAUAACCUCCGUCUAUAUUGCGCCUCCAUCCAAGCUGAUAUCUCCCAUUUCUUUCCUAAAACAACUCUACACAGAUUAAAUUAAAGAAAUAAAACAUAUUUUUUCUUUAUAAA